AUGGGGAAUUACUCUUCUAAAAUAAUUAUAUAUUCGAAACCAAUAAAUGAAGAGGAUAAGUAAAAAAUAUACAGACGUCCAGAAUUUAUAAGUAAAAGUCUAACAUGUUAUCCAGAUCCAAAAAUAAAAACUAUGCAAACUUUAUUUCUUCAAAAUACAUAAAAAAACUAUUCUUCUUAAAAAUUAUUAGGAACUAAAGAUUAAAAAAGUAAUAAAUAUUAUUGGAAAACAUAUUCUGAUUGCUUAAAAUUUGGUACUUUUAUCGGAAGUGGUAUAUUAAAUUUAAGCCUUUAAACAUGCUAAAAUUAAAUAUAGAUAAUAAAAUCACUCGAUUUAAUAGGAAUAUUUUCUAAUUCAAGGGAAGAAUGCUUACUUUUAGAAUAUGCUUCAUAUUUAUAUAACUUUACUACUGUAUUAAUAGAUGAGUCAGCUAAAUAAAAUACACUUUAAUAUAUUCUAGAAGAAACAAAUUUAGAAACUAUUUUUUGCUCUGAAAAAUAAGCUUAAGUUAUACUAUAAUGCUAAAAUGUUAAUAAAUUAAAAAAUCUCGUUUUAUUUUCAUAGUAAGAUAGUCAACUUAGAGAACUAUUAGGCGAAAGCAAAUUUAAUAUAUAUACUUUAAAAUAGAUAAUUAAUUCAGGAAAAAAAAUGAACAUAUAAUAUUAAAAAGUAUAACAAGAUGAUGUUUUCACAAUAAUAUAUACUCCAGGAACAACAGGUUAAUAAAAAGGAGUUAUGUUAACACAUAAAAAUAUAUUAUCUACAAUUACAACUUUUGAAAAUGAAAAAAUAAAUAAGAAUGAUAUAUAUAUAAGUCAUAACACAUUCCACAUAAUGUUUGAAAGGUAAAUGUAAAAUGUAAUUAUGGCCUACGGUGGAAGAAUAGGUUUUGCAGAUCACAGCACGAUUGAAACUUUAUAUAAUGAUAUUAAAUUAUUAAAACCUACUAUUUGGGCAAGUAGCCCUUAUCAUUUUGAAUAGCUUUAUGAUUAUAUUAAUAAUGACUUAAAUCAAUUGGGUAAUACCAAAAAAAUGAUUGCCAAAAAAGCUUUAGAUGAUAAACUGGAAAAAGUAAAAAAUACGGGCGAUUUCUAAACAACCAUAUGGGAUAGACUCAUUUUCGGUAAAUAUAUUUAAAGUUUGGGAGGAAAAUUAAGAUUAUGUGGAGUUGGAGCAGCACCAAUAAAUGGAGAUAUUUUAAAUUUUUUAAAAUCUGUUUUUUGUAUACCUUUUGCUCAAGGAUAUGGUUUAUUUGAAACAUGUGGAACUUGCUUUACUUCAUAUGCAAAUGAUCCGUAAGUAAAUCAUUUGGGAGGUAUAAGAGGAAAUUUCGAGUUUAAAAUAAAGAAAUAGACUUAGUUCAACUUAGAAAGCUUAUUAAAGGAAAAAUAAUAAUAUGAAGAAAAUGCUUAAAUAAUUAUAGGGGAAUUAUGUAUAAGAGGAAAUGGAUUAUUUAUUGGUUAUUAUAAUUAACCAGAAGAAACUCAAAAAGUAAUAGAUAAAGAAGGAUGGUUUCAUACAGGAGAUAUAAUAGCAAUGUGUUAGAAUGGGUCUAUAUAAUAUAUAGAUAGAAUUGUAAAUAUUUUCUAACUUAAAAAUGGAUAGUUUAUUUUUCCAGAAAUGCUUGAAAACCUUUUUUGUAAAAUAAAAGAAGUAUAAGAGAUAUUUAUCUAUGGAGAUCAAUCUAAUUAAGAAAUUGUAUGUGUUUUAGUACCUAAUAAAUAAUAUUUAAUUUAAUUUGCUACUGAUUAGAAUUUAUAUCAUUAAGAUAAUUUAUAAUUACUAUGUAAUGAUGAAAAAGUAAAACAGUUUUAUCUUAAUAAAAUUUAAGAAUAAGGAAUAUCUUUACUUAAUCUUAAAAAAUAUGAAAUCCCUGCAGCUAUACACUUAUAAUCAAAUAGCUUUUUUACUAAUGAUUGCAUUACAAAUACUUAUAAAAUAAAGAGAAAUAAAGCAAAAUAAAUUUAUUAAGAUGUUAUUUAAGGACUUUAUUCUUAACUGAAAUAACAUAAAUAAUGA